AUGGGAUCGACGUACCCGGGGCAAGGGAGAAUUGAGGUUGCGCCGGGGCAUGGCGAUCAAACCGUCCCGAGCGGCCUGGAGCAAAACAACUCGGCCGGCGGCGGCGGGGAGGAAAUGGAAUGUUGGGGUGGUCCACUGAGUUACUGGAAGUGGACGGGCAGGCAGGCAUCCUUGGAGGGAAGAGAGAUAGAACAUGAGAUAAUCGGGAGCAUCUGGCAUGAUGGUGGACGUCAAAACAAACCUGGGCGAGAAUACGACGUUCCGCGACUAACAUACGCCAGCUGCUGGCGAAGGCCGCGAAUCACCCUUCUCGAGUCCCCACACUCACUACGCAGCAAUGGAAACAGAAACCGCAACAAGAAGCGGUGCUGGACCUCUAGGCUCUGCUGA